AUGUCCUCAUUAAAGAUUGUGCUUAAUUUCCAAGCUGGGCUUGGAGUCCUAGCCAAUAUGUUUCUCCUUGUUUUCUAUACUUUCAUAAUCCUAAGCCACAGACCUAAGCCCAUGGACAUGCUCUCCUGUCAACUGGCCUUUAGCCACAUAGUGCUAGUACUCACUAAAGGGGAUAUUUGGCUUAAAGAGAUAGUUGAGUCACUGAACAUUGACAAUGACUUCAAAUGUAAGACAACUUUUUACAUAAGCAGGGUGAUGAGAGGCCUCUCCAUCUGCAUCACCUGCCUCCUGAGUGUGUUCCAGGCUGUCACUAUCAGUCCCAGUUCCUCUUUUUUGGCUAAAUUUAAAUAUAAGCUAAAAAAAUACAUGAUUCGUGCUUUUUUAUUUAUUUGGUUUUUGAACUUGUUAUUCAGUAGCAAUCAGAUUUUCUAUGCUGGUGCUUUUACCAAUGUUAGUGAGGCCAAGCAGAUGAAGGUCAGUAAAUCCUGUUCACUCUUCUCUUUGAACUACAUCUUUGGGGUAUUGAUUUUAGCAGUGACAAUCUCUAUAGAUGUGUUUCUUGUAGGAGUUAUGCUUGGCGCUAGUGCAUACAUGGUGAUUAUCUUGUUCAGGCAUCAGAGGCAACACAAGCAUCUUCACAGCCUCAGCCAUCCUAGAGCAUCUCCUGAGAGAAGGGCUACCCAGAUCAUCUUGCUGCUGGUGGUUUCCUUUGUGGUCAUGUACUGGGUGGACUUCAUCAUGUCAUCCACUGCAGUCUUGUUGUGGAUGUAUGACCCAGUCAUCCUGAGUGUUCAGAAGUUUGUUAUGAAUGUCUAUCCCACAAUUACUCCUUUGGUACAAAUCAGUUCUGAUAGCAGAAUAAUUGAUACAUUGAAAAGCUUGCUGUCAAAGAUUUUUUGA